AUGGCGUCUCAGGAUUAUUAUCAACAACCUCCUCCUCAGGCGUAUGUUCCCCCAGGUACAGAUGAAAAGGAAGACGAAGCGAUGCUAAUAGUGAUUACAGCCACUACCAAGGCGGCUACUCUGCUCAACAACCCGGCCCUUACGCUCCUCCUCCACAGGGCUACCCUCAACAGGGCUAUGCUCCCCAACCUCCCCAAGGAUAUCAACAAGGUUACCCACAACCACAAUACCAACAGCAAAAUCCAGACGGUCAGCAGCGCGGCAGUAGUGAUCGUGGUUGUCUAG